GGUAGGCAUUCGCAACCCCAAGCUCACAACACCAACAACAGCAGGCAGCUUCUUCUGACAAGUCGGCUCCGACAGCUCCUGAUGUAUCGAUAAUUGCGUUAAGCGCACGAACUUGACGAGCUGGCGGCCGCCAUGCUGUCCGCAUUCACAGCUCGACCCAUCAUCGAGCUCAAGCAACGGGACAAGUCCAAGAUCGAGUCCAUCUUAGCUUACGGCGACCGUGUUCUCGUUGGCCUCAACACAGGCUCCCUGCGCAUCUACCGAGUCAACGAGCCAGUUACUCCUCCCGACGCGAAGCCCGACGAGAAGCCCGCCGACAGCACAUUAGCCGCCCAGGCGCAAGUCGAAGACGCCGGUCCUACCAACUCUACCGAUCCUGCUAGCCCUACCGCAGCGACCUCGCAGGAUGGUCAACCACCGCCCACGCCCAAGGCGGCCAAGCCGACCGACCUCUUGCGAGAGGUAGAGAAGUUCUCGACGCGCGCCAUCGAGCAGCUGGCCAUAAUCAAAGAGGCCAACAUUAUCGUUUCGCUCUCCAACUACGCCGUUUCCAUCCACGACUACCAGACCUUCGAGCCCAUCGAGGCCCCGCUGUCCCGUACCAAGAAUGCCUCCACCUUUGCGGUGACGAGCAACGUCGUCGAAGACCCAGACACGGGCAUCCCCGAGAUUAUUUCGCGCCUGGCCGUUUCCGUAAAGCGUCGUCUGCUGUUGUGGUCAUGGCACGAGAGCGAGCUGUCGCCGGAUGUGGCGGAGAUUGUGCUGGCCGAGUCAAUCAGGUCCAUCACAUGGGCGAAUGCGACCAAGCUCGUCUGCGGCAUGAACAGCGGGUACGUCAUGGUUGAUGUGGAGGACGGCAGUGUUGAGGACAUCGUUGGACCCGGGGCUAUUGGAAACGCGGCCGGUGGCCAAGGGCGCUUUGGUGCCGUGAGCGCCGCCGGGAUGGGGUACAUGGGCCUCGGUGGCUACAUGCCGAAGCCACUGUCGGCCAAACUGGCGGAAGGGGAGCUCCUCCUCGCGAAAGAUAUCAAUACCUUGUUUAUCGAUGACUCAGGGAAGGCCAUCGAGAAGCGCCAGAUUCCAUGGCAGGCGGCGCCGGAGGGGAUCGGGUACAGCUACCCGUACAUACUGGCGCUUCAACCGCCGGCGAAAGGCAGCCUAGAAGUCCGCAACCCAGAUACCCUGAGUCUGUUACAGACUAUCGGUCUUCCUGGUGCCGCAUCACUUCAUUUCCCGCCCCCGACUGUCAGUUUGGCGCACGCCGGCAAAGGAUUCCAUGUCCUGAGCGACAGGGUGGUGUGGAGGAUGGAUGCCACGGAUUAUGAUUCCCAGAUUGAUGAACUGGUUAAGAACGGCAGACUUGACGAGGCAAUCAGCAUCCUGGGCAUGCUAGAAGAUGCGCUGCUCAAGAACAAGACGGAAACGUUACGGGAAGUCAAGAUGCAAAAAGCAGAGUUCUUGUUCCGCCAAAAGAAGUACCGCGACUCGAUGGAUCUGUUCAACGAGGAUGAAGUCGAUGCCCCUCCAGAACGGGUACUAAGGUUGUUCCCCAAGAUUAUUGCGGGAGAGCUAGGGGUUGAGGAAGAGAAGCAGGACGACUCGGAGCAGGACAGUGCCAACGGGAAAGCGGGCGAUGAACAGGAGACAAAGCCCGAUCUCGCCGCUCAAGUUGCCUCGCCCACUAGAGGUGGCGGGUUCGCUAAGUACCUUAUGGGCAAUCGAAAACUCAACCCCGAGACUGCCAGCAUAGCCUCAUCCAAGAAGGGUUCCGACGACGAGACAGCAAGCAUUAAGGGCAAGCCGAUGGACGAACAGUCCCAGACCGACAAAGACCUGAUGGCCGCCGUCCUGGGUCUCAACAGCUACCUAGCCGGCGCCCGCACGCGACUCCAACGCGUCCUCGACCCAACCACAGGCAAACUCAAACCGCGCAAGUCCGAGUCCGGCUCCACCGAAGAGGCCUUCAAGACCCUCCUGCUCUCGUCCCCAGACGAGAGCGACGAGCAGCUCGAGCGCGACCUGCAGUCGACCUUCCGGGUGCUCGACACGACGCUAUUCCGGGCCUUCAUGUACUCGCGGCCGACGCUGGCCAGCUCGCUGUUCCGCAUCCCCAACUUCUGCGACCCGGACGUCGUCAACGAGCGCCUGGUCGAGCACAACCGCUUCAACGAGCUGGUCGACUUCUUCUACGGCAAGAAGCUGCACCACCAGGCCCUCAGCCUGCUGCGCCGCUUCGGCAGCCCCGACGAGCCCGACGACGCCGCCCCGGCCCUGCACGGCCCGCAGCGGACCGUCAUGUACCUGCAGGGCCUGCCGCCCGAGAUGAUUGAUGUCAUCUUGGAGUUCUCCGAAUGGACGUUGAAGAAAGACCCCGAACUGGGCAUGGAGGUGUUCCUUGCCGAUUCCGAGAAUGCGGAGACGCUGCCUAGGGAUAAGGUUUUGGAUUUUCUAGAUGGUAUUGAUAUUGGGCUGGAGAUCCGAUAUCUGGAGCAUAUCAUCAACGAGCUGAAUGACUUGACGCCCGACUUCCAUGAUAAACUAGUGGAGCUGUUCAUCAAGCAGCUGGUGGACAAAGAGAAGGAGAGGGGGGAGGAGUGGGAUGCCCUAUUGGAGCGGCUAGUGAAGUUCUUGAGGGAGAGCAAACAGUACGGCCUGGGCAAGGCGAGGGGCUUGAUUCCCAAAGACGGUGAGUUUUCCACCGAAAGUCCUAACUUAAGGGGCUCGACUGACAAGUAUUCACCCAGACCCGCCGUUUUACGAAGCACAAGCCGUGGUGCUCAGCAAUAUGGGGCAGCACAGACAGGCACUAAUGAUCUACGUCUUCAAGAUGCAAGACUAUGCCAAAGCCGAAGAGUACGGUCCCACCACCUUCAUUCCCACCAUCCACCCAUCUCUUUUUACUAACCCUCUCUCCCACAGAUACUGCAACCACAUCCACAAAACCCAACAACCCCCCUUAGCCCCCACCCCAGCCCCCCAAGAAGCCGCCAAACCAUCCUCCCAACCACCCCCCCACAACCGCCGAAGAAAAGCCCUCCAUCUACCACACCCUCCUCUCCC